UUAUUUCAAUAAUGUUCACUCGUGAGUGUAUCAUUUGUUUAGAAACAAAAAUUAGGAAUUAUCAUAAGAUUACCUCAAAAUGUAUUCAUGAAGUUGAUGUUUGUUUAGAAUGUAUUAAUAGAUACAUUGAUACAAAUAUUGAUAAAUUUGAAACUAUUAUUCAGUUUGAUCAAAAUGCUAAAAUUAAAAUUACUUGCCCUGUUCCAAUAUGUAAUAAAUUAAUGGAAAGAAAUGAUAUCAAGAAAAUUGCAACAAAAAAGAUCUAUGAAAGAUAUGAUUUUCUUACCUUCAAACUCGCGAUUCAGAAGAAUCCAAGAUUUAGAUGGUGUCAAGCUUCUUGUGGAAGUGGACUAAUUCAUAUAGGAGAAGAUCCAAUUUUCAUGUGUAAAGGUUGUGACAAGAACUCAUGCUAUACUCAUGGGAUCCUCUGGCAUGAAAAUCAAACUUGCGAAAAAUAUGAUGAGAUAAAUAAACCAUUAGAAAUUGCUUCCGAGCGUUAUCUUUCAAAGUCAACGAGAUGUCCUAAAUGUAAUCUGUACAUCGAUAAAACUGAUGGAUGUGACCACAUGACUUGUAAAUGUUCACAUCAAUUUUGUAUGUCAUGUUCACAUGAAUCUCCCGGCCAUAAGUCUAAUUGUAAAUAUAACAUCGAACGUCGAAAUAAGCUAAACAAUUUACUCUCUUCACUCCGUCGACUCAUAUCAUAA